AUUCAUUCUCCAACCCUAUUAUUUUUUUUUGAAAUUCAAUUUUUAUUUUAUUUUUUAUUUAUUCUUUUGGUGAAAUGGCGGAGCAUUCUGAGAGCGGUGGUGUUUCGGCAGUGAUGGAGAAGAUAAGCGAGAAGAUCCACGCGCAUGAUUCAUCUUCGUCUUCAGAUUACGAUUCCGAUUCCGAGAAACCGGAAUCUGUAAAGGCUCAGAUUUACCGGCUUUUCGGCAGAGAGAAACCGGUUCACAAGGUUUUCGGUGGCGGAAAGCCUGCUGAUGUGUUGUUAUGGAGGAACAAGAAGAUUUCAGCUGGUGUACUCGGUGGAGUUACUGCCAUCUGGGUUAUUUUUGAAUUGGUCGAAUACCACCUGCUUACUCUUGUAUGUCAUGUUUUGAUACUUGCUCUUGCAAUCUUGUUCCUGUGGUCCAAUGCUCAUACCUUUAUCAACAAGACUCCUCCCCGGAUCCCAGAAGUUCAUCUUCCUGAGGAGCCAUUCUUGCAAGUUGCUUCUGCACUGAGAAUUGAAAUUAAUCAGGGUUUUGCUGUCUUGCGGAAUAUUGCAUCAGGAAGAGAUUUGAAGAAAUUUCUCAUUGUUAUUGCUGGCUUGUGGGUUCUUUCCACUGUGGGCACUUGGUGUAAUUUCUUGACCUUGUUCUAUAUAUCUUUUGUUUUGCUGCACACUGUGCCUGUUCUGUAUGAGAAGUUUGAGGACAAGGUUGACCCAUUUGCCGAGAAGGCAAUGGUUGAGAUUAAAAAGCAGUAUCUAGUGUUUGAUGCCAAGGUUCUGAGUAAAAUUCCAAAAGGUCCGUUGAAAGGGAAGUUGGCUUAGAGAAGUAGAGGCUUUUGCUUGUGGUGGACUCUAAGCUAGCACUGGAUUUUGUAGGUUGUGAUUGUGCUUGCACUUUUUGUAUUUGCUAGAGCUCUUCACAUGCGUGUCCGCACAUUGAUUUGCAAAAUGUUGGAUUUGGCAUGUUAAUGGACUUAGUUGGGAAUUGUAUGAGUUUUGCUUCAUAUUGUUUUGGCAAUUUUGUAAUGGCAUUUUAUGUAGCAGUGAUAUUUUGAUGAACUUUAUAGUAUGUGAUAUCACUUUGUGCCUGUGUAUUGGGUUGUAACUUUCGAAGAACGUUUGUUAUAAUUCAUGCUCUUAUUAAUUUUUGGUUGUGAGCAUGAUUUCCUUAA